GUGCGACUUGGGUCUUCGGGCUUGAAAGUGUCCAAGAUUAUCCUGGGAUGCAUGUCAUAUGGAUCGCCGGAAUGGCAGCCUUGGGUCUUACCUGAGGAAGAGUCCAUCAAACAUAUCAAGGCAGCUUACGAUGCGGGAAUCAACACGUUUGAUACGGCUAACGUUUAUUCAAACGGAUUGUCGGAAGUUACUGUUGGUAAAGCCAUCAAGCAGCUCAAUCUUCCCCGAGAUGAGAUUGUUGUGAUGACGAAGGUGUUCUUUACUGUUGGAAGGAGUAUCAACGCACCCUUCCUUCAAGGAAACGUACAGGACCAGAUGGGAUACGUUAACCAGCAUGGGCUUAGUCGUAAGGCACAUCAUCAUAUUUUUGAGUCUGUGAAGCACAGCUUGGAACGUCUCCAACUGGACUACGUUGAUGUUCUUCAGUGCCACCGAUUUGACAUCGAUACACCUAUCGAAGAAACAAUGCAAGCGCUCCACGACGUUGUCAAGGCCGGUUUUGUGAGGUAUAUUGGCAUGUCCUCUUGUUACGCUUGGCAAUUCCAUGCAAUGCAAAGUCCCUUCCCGCUGGCAGACUACGCCAUCAAGAACAAGCUCACACCUUUCAUCUCGAUGCAGAACCACUACAACCUUCUCUACCGCGAGGAGGAACGGGAGAUGUUUCCCACCCUCAAGCACCUUGGCGUAGGCUCCAUCCCUUGGUCGCCACUUGCUCGUGGGCUGCUUGCACGACCUCUAGGGGGUGAGACGGCGCGUGGUGGCACCGACCGUAUCAUAAAGGGAUAUCAGAAUCAAGGAUUGCAGGAUAUCGUUAGCCGUGUUGAACAAAUAUCUAAAGCCAGAGGCGUGAGCAUGGCGCAGGUGGCUCUUGCGUGGAUCAUGGGCAGAGAUGGCGUUACCGCACCCAUUGUUGGCACCACAUCCCUAGAGAACCUUGAUGACUUACUUGGUGCUAUGAAUCUGAAGUUAACGGAGGAAGAAGUCAACCAGCUCGAGGAGCCUUACAAACCACAAGCUGUGUUCGGCCACACAUGA